CUUAAUAACUGUUCACUGCGAACCUUGCCAAUGAGUCAAAGAACAUACAGGCUCAAGCCGCAAGCGGGAGCUCGCAAUAUCAGAUUGCGAGGAGCUAAGAAUGCCACGGGUCGUACACGCAAGGACCACUUCAAACCCCAGCCGAACGUCAUCACUGGCGGGGGCAAGUGGUUUCCGGGAUGGGCGUUCGCCGGAGGAUUAGGGCUGAGUAUGGCUUCCUGUUUUUCUUUUUCCUCGCUUUGACGACUCCCAAUGAGUCUUCGUCUACUUGCGUCCAGCGCCACAAGCUCGACGGUUUCAAUCUGUGGUUCAUUUUUGACGUUGACGCUCAUUCGAAGCCCUAUGAUCUACUAGUCUCCCCGCCAGACCAAUCGCAGGAAGACAGUCGUUCCUUAAUGAUCUACCAUCGUGAUGCGAGCGUUUGUUGGGCGAUCUCGUCCUAUUCAGGAUCGUCGAUGCAUCGUCAUGGAUCGUUGGAUCAACCGUUCGAAUCCACGGCAAGUCCUAAAUAACCUGCCAGGUACCAUUGAUGUCUAUCCCGUCUGAGAGCACGAAAUUUUGUAGGUAUGCAUCCCCAUUCACUGAUCUACAACUUCCGGCGGCACGUAGUACCCACUUUCAAAUCGAUGCAUCUAUCAUACAUCAUUAGUAAGGAAUACCAAGGUCCUCAGCGUCAUCGGUGACUAAACAAAGUGUCGACUCUUAUGCG